UAUCAUCGAAAUUGUGUACUUAAUCCUCUUCCCAGAAAAAUAAGGAUUCCCACUCAUUCCAGUACUUGCUUAGGAAAAAAAAAACAAAAAGAAAAACACAUGUAAGCCAGUGGAGCUAGUCUUGUAUAAAAUGAUCAGUGAGGCUUCUUCAUCAUCGUCUUCCUACUCUUCCACAACAAAAUCCCAAACCUUGGUCACAAUUCCAUCAAAUCACCUUCACAAUUUCAUGGCGCCACUUUUGAAUUUCAAAUUUCUUCCUCAUAAUUUCCGCCAUAUCUGAAACCCCUUCUGUGAUCUCGGUUUCCCAAACACCCCUCUAAACAGAGAUCCACAAACCCUUUUCUCUCCAUCAACGAGUGACGGUCUGGCUUUGAUUCUUGCGAUGGCGGCGAUCGACAGAGACGGGUUGUUCUCUCGGGUUUAUGACAGAGAGCGGCGGCGGUGUGGUGGAGAAGGGCGGCGAGGGUAUUUUGGGAAUUGAAGACGAAGAGCCGACUCUGACUCUGGCCGUGAUGUUGAAGCGGCUGCGUCGGAAAAAGAAGAUGGGGAAGGGUAUUAUGGAGGGUUUAGAGCGUAAAGAUUUGAUCUUUGGUGAUCGAAUUGAAGGGCAAAAGGGGAAAGGCGAAGAGGGAAAGAUUGUUCAGAGGAAUGGUGUGGGAACUAGGAGGCUGAGGUCUUCUUCUGCAAAGUCAAAGUUUGAAUGGAAAGCAGAUAAAGAUGGAAGCAUUCGUUGCCCCCCAGAGCACAUGGAAGGUUGCGUGUAGAAAAGCAGCUUGUAGAGGUGCUCCGAAGGGGUGGUCCAAGGGCUGAAAGCAUUCAACCCGAGGAUUUUGAGCAUUUUCAGAGGCAUUGGAUGAGGUGUGAGCCUGUUAUUGUGAGCUGUCAAACCUGACUUGGGGCCAAAGACAUACAUUGCAUAUGGGGUUGCUCAGGAACUUGGACGCGGAGAUUCUGUGACAAAGCUUCACUGUGAUAUGUCUGAUGCAGUUAACAUUCUGACCCAUGCUACUGAAGUGACCCUUGAACCUAAACAUCUUGCUGCUAUAGAAGAGUUGAGAGAAAGCACAGGGAACAAGACCCAAAAAGAGAUUUUCGGAAAUUUUGGUCAAAGGAGACUCACUUGCAUGGAAGAAGAAGUUGAUGAUGCAGGUGAAGGAGGUGCUCUAUGGGACAUUUUCCAGGUACAGGAUGUUCCAAAGCUGGACCAAUACAUAAAGAAGCAUUGUAGGCCAUUGAAAUUGGUGUUGUUCAUCCGAUACAUGAUCAGACUAUUUAUCUGACUGUGGAGCACAAAAGAAAGCAUUGGUAUUACAUUGGAUAAGAUGGUUUUCCAUUUGUUUUCAGAGAAGUCGGUCAGUGUUCUUGUAAUACACAAAAACAGGAAGACAUUGCACAAAACAGAGUUCACGUAUAAGCCCAAAAUUACUUCGAUUGAAACUCAUCAUUAAUAAGAGAUCCAAACGGGACCUCUUAAGUGUGAUAUUGAAUGCUUUUAAACAGUAGGGUUUCGAGGAACCAUGAUAACGUAAUGUCUCAUAGAGCUGAAGUGUGAAUGUAUCCUCAAUUUUGAAUGAACGCGACAUUACAAUAAUUUACUUUCAACUUUUGAGAUUAACCAUGUAUAGCAUUUCCAUAUCACCACAACAAACAGAUAAUUGUACUCUUCAGAAUCACAUUACUACUGUGAAUACCGGGUUGACAAAAGAUCAACCAUUUGAAACUUGAAGGGAGGCUGUUACAGAACUUACAGUUACAAUCGCUCCUAGUGAAAG